AUGCCCGACAUUGAUCAAGCUGUGGCUGUUCAUAAGCUAAAUGUGAACCCGGAUGCUAGAUCGGUCCUUCAGAAGAAAAGAAACCAUGGGGAGGUUCGAAAUCAGGCCGCGGCUGCUGAAGUGAAACUGAUGGAUGCAUGCUUUGUCCGAAAGACGUCAUUUGUCACGGAGCAAGGGCUAUAUUGCUACAAGGUUAUGUCGUUCGGAUUAAAGAACGCCCCUGCCACAUUCCAGCGUCUCAUUAAUACUGUGUUCAGUAAGCAGCUUUGCAGAAAUAUUGAGGCCUAUAUUGAUGACAUGAUAGUAAAAAGUAAAGAGCGAAUGACACACCUAGCUGAUUUGAGGGAAACAUUCGAGACCAUUCGCGCUUACAACAUUAGGCUGAAUCCCAAGAAGUGCGUGUUUGGGGUAACUUCCAGGAAAUUCCUAGGUUUCCUAAUUGAUGAAAGGGGAAUUGAGGCUAACCCAGAUAAAAUACAGGCGGUAAUCGAUAUCAGCUCACCGAAGACUGUCAAAGAAGUUCAGCGGCUUACAUGUUGCUUGACCGCCCUGGGCAUAUUUCUUUCCAGGGUCGGGGAUAAAUGUCACUACUUUUUCAGAGCAAUCAGGAAGAAGUCCAAGUUUGAAUGGUCAGAUGAAGCAGAGGCGGCCUUUUUGAAAUUGAAAGACCAUUUGCACACUCUACCCCAUCUUGCCAUCAAAGGGAAGGCAUUUGCGGAUUUUAUUGUGGAAAUGACAAGGCCUGUUUUUUCAGAAAAUACGAAAACUAAAUGGACAGUCUAUGUGGACGGAUCAUCCACACAAAACGGGUGUGGAGCUGGUAUAAUCUGUCAGUCACCUAAGGGGGACACGUAUGAAUAUGCAAUGCGCUUCAAUUUUCAAGCGUCCAAUAAUGAGGCCGAGUACGAGGCCCUACUUUGUGGCAUCAAAAUGUGCAAGGCGGCAAGAGCCGAGGAGAUUCUGGCACUAUCUGAUUCUCAACUCAUUUCGAUCGUCUUUGACAAUGGGCCGCAGUUUGAGACACCGAAAAUCAAGGAUUGGUUGGCCGAGCUUGGCAUAGCCGGCCAUUUUGCAUCAGUUGGAAGGCCACAGGCAAAUGGACAAGUUGAGGCUUUUAACAAAACCAUUUCUGAAGGAAAAUGA